GAUUGCUCCGGUGAUCGUCCAUUCGCUCAUUUGCUGCUGAACGCUCAAGGCUGUUGAAGUCCAUCGUCAACUUGAACUCUCUCGCCCCGUUCACUUCACUUACACGUUGAAACAAAAACCAUCAACAACAAAAACGUCAACCAUGGCUGUUCGAUCCCUCGCCGCGACUCUCCUCCUGGCCGUCUCGGCCCUGGCCAAGACGGACCUUGCCGGCUGCACUUACACCGACACCGUCGUCCAGCCCAGCGGCCUGCCUGGCUACGACGCCUAUGCCAGCCGCAUCUGGUACGUCCCCGGCACCGGCGAGCUCUGCGACUUCCUGGACUGCGGCGGCGGCCGGGCCCCCCCGAAGACGGACGUCCCGGGAUGCCCGCUGUACUCGGGCACCGCCACCUACUCGCCCAGCUACCUCGACCUCCAGACCAAGGCCGUGGAUGCUGCCGCCACCUCCUCCGCCGAGGCCUCUGCUACCGGCGAGACCCUGGUGAUCGUCAAGGCCACCACCGCCAAGGCCACCACCGCCGAGGCCACGACCCUGGCUACCUCUGUUGCCGUUUCCCAGUCUGCCUCUGCUGCCGUUACCACCGCCGCUCCCGUCGUCUCCAGCGGCUCGUCCACGGCCACUGCCUCCAGGGGACUCUCCACCGGCACUCCUGGCCACAACGGCAACGGCACCUCCUCUGGCGCCCACCCCACCAGCUCUGUUCCCGCCAACGGUGCUGCUCCUAACGCUGCUGGCAUUGUCGGAUCCGUCCUGGCUGCUGGUGUCGUUGCCGCCGUUGCUCUGCUGUAAAUGGUGGAUCAGAAGACAUGUGUUUUGUGCUCGUUCUAGAGCUGACUGUCAACUCGAAUACAUGGUUAAUGAGGGGAAGAUGGAACUAGGGAUGUUAAUACAUUAUCAAUGAAGCUCUAUUUUGGAGAUUUCG